UUGGCCGUUUUUUGUUUAUCGCGCUGCGGACCGCUUCGCGUUUCGCGUUGCCUUGAGGCAAUUUUUUUAAUCCCUGCUUCUCAGAAAAUUCGAGUUGCAGUUGCCGUGCCUAAACAUAUUCAGUGAUUCCGCGAAAAACCCUAUGUAAAACUAAGAAAAGUGCAGCGAAAAUUCGCAAAAAUCAAACGCAAGCGGUGCAAAAUAAGUGCAAUAAAUGUGCUAAAAAUAAUGAAGAGUAAUGAGGUACUGCUAUAUCGAGAUUGUGCCAUCUGCAGCCUGAGUUGGUCAUGAUUGGGGGCAGAAGAUGCAGCGAGGCCGCCCGGCGGUUACGCCAGCGUCCGGACACGCUGGAACUGGCCGUUCUGGGUGGCCAUCCUGCGGAUUCUGAACAGCAGGAGGAGGAUGAACCAACAACGGGACACGGAAAUGAAGAAGGAUCUGCAAAUAUCGCCAAGGAAACUUCGAGUCCGGCAAACGGUAGAAGAACGCGCUGGUUUCAGUUCGCCAGGAGCUCAAAAAAUCGCAGGAAACGACUGCACUGCGAUGAAGAUGAGGAGGCCGAAGAGCCGGGCAGAAGGAACUCAGCUCAGGAUGACAGUCGGAAGGCGUGUCUCGCCCAGCCGGAGGGAAUGAACAUUGGCAGCUCCACACAAACCAUUGCCACGCCUUUGAUGAUCAAUGAUAGCUUCUACAGCUUGGCUCCUGGAGCCGAAAACCAAUCAGCAAACAGAUCCGAUGACCAGGAGCAGUACAAGCAGAGGGAUCCUUCGGUGGCCUCGGAGUCCAAAUCUUCUACCAAUUUGAGGCGCAUGUCCCAGUUAAGAAGGCGCCGCAGCUCGUACUACUUUUCGGAAAACGAACGCAGAAUCCGCGCCAACGACAAAGAGUUUAAUGCCCAGUUCAAGUAUCACAACAAUUACAUCAAGACCUCCAAGUAUUCGCUGUUUACGUUCCUGCCUUUCAAUCUUCUGGAGCAAUUCCAGCGGCUGGCCAACUUUUAUUUCCUGUGUCUGUUGGUCCUUCAGCUGAUACCCGCGAUAUCCUCGCUGACCCCCGUGACCACAGCCAUUCCCCUGAUAGGAGUACUCACUCUGACUGCCGUGAAGGAUGCCUACGAUGAUAUACAACGUCAUCUGUCCGACUCGCAGGUGAACAAUCGCAAGUCGAAAACACUGCGCAAUGGCAAGUUGGUGGAGGCCAAGUGGUCGGAGGUGCAGGUGGGCGAUGUGAUCCGGCUGGACAACAAUCAGUUCGUGGCAGCCGACACCCUGCUGCUGUCCACAUCCGAGCCAAAUGGUCUCUGUUUCAUCGAGACCGCGGAACUGGAUGGUGAGACGAACCUAAAGGCGAAACAAUGCCUUACGGAGACCAUCGAGCUGGGCGAUCGCCAUGAUUCGCUGUGGAACUUCAACGGGGAGAUCAUCUGCGAGAGGCCCAACAACCUGCUGAAUAAAUUCGAUGGCACCUUGAUCUGGCGGGGACAGAGGUUCGCUUUGGACAACGAGAAGAUCCUGUUGAGGGGAUGUGUUCUACGGAACACGCAGUGGUGCUAUGGUGUGGUGGUCUUCGCCGGAGUGGACACCAAGUUGAUGCAGAAUUCCGGAAAGACGCAGUUCAAAAGCACAGGUGUUGAUCGCCUGCUCAACUUUAUUAUCAUUGGGAUCGUGCUCUUUCUGGUGUCGAUUUGCGCCCUUUUUGCGAUCGGCUGUGCCGUGUGGGAGGGUUUCAUUGGGCAGCAUUUCCAGCUGUAUCUGCCCUGGGAGAACAUCAUACCCAAGGAGUACAUACCCACGGGGGCCACCGUCAUCGGGUUGCUGGUGUUCUUCUCGUAUGCCAUAGUCUUAAACACAGUUGUGCCAAUCUCACUCUACGUUUCAGUAGAGGUAAUACGCUUUGUGCAGUCGUUCCUCAUCAACUGGGAUGAGGAGAUGUACUAUGCGACCACCAAUACCUAUGCCAAAGCCCGCACCACGACGCUCAACGAGGAGCUGGGCCAGAUCCAGUACAUCUUCUCGGACAAGACGGGCACCCUCACCCAGAACAUCAUGACGUUCAACAAGUGCAGCAUCAACGGACGCAGCUACGGCGAUGUGAUUGACCUGCGGACGGGGGAGCUAAUCGAGAUAACGGAGCAGCAAACAAUUUUCCAAAAUAGCAACACCAACAACCGACCCAGUCCCGCAGGUGGAGCCUCGAUAGCGCCACCUGCAGCAGCACCACCCCCCAUCAUCCUAGUGCACAAGGCGGAGGUGCACGCCAAGAAGAGCUCCCUGGUGGUCACCGCCACGGGGGAGGCGCAAGUGGCCAGCACUCCCGUGUCCCCGCGAUCGGAACUCGAGCAUCCUGCCUCGGCGACAGAAUCCGUUGAAAGGCAGCACAAAGGACUGAAGCAGGUGCGAUACUCGGCACCCAGCAGGAGCCAGGACGAUGAACCGGGUGGCCUGUCACCGCAGUCCCGUUUGAGUGGUGGAGGCGGCCUGAGUCCACCCAUCAUCAACGAGGAGCGAAGGAGCAGCGGCGGCUUCAAGCGCAGCGGAGCGGGAUUUGUGCAGCGACAAUUGUCCCGCACAAGCAGCUGCGACAAAGUAAAGAUUUUGCAUGACAAUGAACAGACAGAAACAGAAACAGAAACACACAACUCGCACCAUCCAAAGCACCAACGCAAGCGAUUAGUCAAGAUCCGGUUCAAGAAAUCCCCAUCGACAGUCACGCUGGGCGUUCCCUACUGCCACCAACUCGAGUCCCAACACGAUGGGGCGCCACAGUCCACCUUGCACCUCAGCGAACCGAGCACCACUAAGCACCACCACAAAGCAUUCGCCACCAAUUGGAGUUCGUCGCCUCACAGAGUGCACGCUCUCCAAAGUGUUGACUUUUCGGCCAAUCCUCACCACGAAAGGGAAUUCCGGUGGUACGAUCGCACGUUGCUGGAUGCUGUCCGUUCGGAUGAGGAGCACUCCCACGUGUUUUUCCGACUCUUAGCCCUUUGUCACACGGUCAUGGCCGAAACGGUGGACGGGAAGUUGGAGUAUCAGGCCCAAAGUCCCGAUGAAGCCGCUCUCGUUUCGGCCGCUCGCAAUUUCGGCUUUGUCUUUCGCACACGAACACCGAAUAGUAUUACCAUCGAGGUUAUGGGUCAGAUGGAGGAAUAUGAACUCCUGAAUAUCCUUGACUUUAACAACGUCCGCAAGCGGAUGUCUGUGAUCCUCCGGCGCGGAGACUCAGUGGUGCUCUACUGCAAAGGAGCGGACAAUGUGAUAUACGAUCGUCUGCAUGGCGGACAGGAAGAUCUUAAGGCGCGCACGCAGGACCACCUCAAUAAAUUCGCCGGCGAAGGCCUGCGAACUUUAGCUUUAGCCGAAAGGCGCUUAACCGAGCAGUACUACAACGACUGGAGAUCCAGGCAACAGGAGGCCGCCCUUUCGAUGGAUUCCCGGGAACAAAAGCUGAACGAGAUCUACGAGGAAAUCGAAAGCGAUAUGCAGCUGGUUGGAGUAACGGCCAUCGAAGAUAAACUGCAGGACGGUGUGCCCAAGUCGAUUGCCAAUUUGCAAAAUGCAGGCAUUAAAAUCUGGGUUCUCACGGGUGACAAGCAGGAAACUGCUAUUAACAUCGGUUACUCCUGUCAACUGCUUACUGAUGAGCUGGCUGAUGUCUUUAUAGUAGAUGGGAACUCGGUGGAAGAGGUUGAAAAACAGUUAAGACAGUUUAAGGAGUCCAUUAAAAUAUACAACAGAUUUCGACCAGGAGGCAUGGAUCCUUUUGACCGAAUGAAUAGUGACAGUAACAUGGAUCCGAUGAGUGUGACAAUGACACAAACGUCGGCUUUUAUGCAGGAAACGAAUCUCCCGCCCACUCCGCCUCCACCGCCUGCCAUUUCGGUGGUUACCUUUAGGUGGGAUGACAAAAUUAAGGAUAAUAAGGGCGGACCGGACAGUGCUGAAUGCAAUGAUUUGUUCGGCGAUGAAAAGAGGAGCGAAGAUGGAGGCACUGCAUCCAUUGUGAUAGAUGAAAACACCGGUUUUGCCUUGGUUGUCAAUGGUCACUCCUUGGUGCACUGCCUGUCGCCGGAAUUGGAAAACAAAUUUCUGGACAUAGCCUCGCAGUGCAAGGCGGUCAUUUGUUGCCGGGUAACACCACUUCAAAAGGCGCUGGUCGUCGAGCUAAUUAAGCGUGCCAAAAACGCAGUCACCCUGGCCAUUGGUGAUGGAGCCAAUGAUGUGUCCAUGAUUAAAGCUGCCCACAUAGGAGUUGGUAUCUCUGGCCAAGAAGGUUUACAGGCCGUUCUAUCCAGUGACUACUCCAUUGCCCAAUUUCGAUACCUUGAGCGAUUAUUGCUGGUUCAUGGUCGCUGGUCCUACUACCGCAUGUGCAAAUUUCUACGAUACUUUUUCUACAAGAACUUUGCAUUUACCCUGUGCCAUUGCUGGUAUUCGCUCUUUUGCGGCUUCAGCGCUCAGACGGUGUUCGACCCGAUGUUCAUAUCGGUUUACAAUCUGUUCUACACAUCCUUGCCCGUUUUGGCGUUGGGCGUCUUUGAACAGGAUGUCUCGGACAAGAACAGCUUGGAGUUCCCACGCCUCUACACUCCGGGUCUCAAAAGCGAGCUGUUCAACAUACGCGAGUUCAUCUACAGCGUGUUGCACGGUGCCUUCACUUCGCUGGUUUUGUUCCUGAUUCCUUACGGCGUUUACAAGGACGGCGUUUCGGCGAACGGAUUCAUUGUUAGUGACCAUAUGACUUUGGGGGCAGUUGUGGCCACCAUUCUCAUAGUGGACAAUACAGCACAGAUAUCUCUGUACACCUCCUAUUGGACCGUUGUCAAUCAUGUGACUAUUUGGGGUAGCUUGAUUUGGUACUUUGUACUGGACUAUUUCUACAAUUAUGUGAUUGGAGGCCCUUAUGUGGGUUCCUUGACGCAGGCUAUGAAGGAUCUCACUUUUUGGGUCACCAUGUUGAUCACUGUGAUGGCUCUAGUAGCGCCUGUCUUGGCCUAUAAGUUCUACCUGUUGGAUGUUUAUCCGAGCCUUUCGGAUAAGAUCCGUCAAAAGUCCUUGAAGAAGAUUCAUUCGAGAGCCUCCAGCGAUGUAAGGCGUACAGCUUCAUCUCGUCGCGGACGUCGUUCAGUACGAUCAGGUUAUGCCUUUGCCCAUCAGGAGGGCUUUGGCCGCCUGAUCACGUCCGGCAAGAUAAUGCACAAGCUGCCGCAGGACUUUGCCUUUCCCUUGGGUUUGGGCACCAAGAAGACACAGGCGCUACACAACAACUUAAAUUCGGCAGAUGGACCAGCCUCAAAGACCAACAACGUGUCCGGCCAGCAUAUGGCCAACAACAACACAAAUCUGCGACAGAACCAAAACCAAAAUCACUCGUCGAUGGCGGAUAUAACUGCUGAUGGACGGAUGAUGGGGGGAGAAAAUGGGAGGGGCAGCGGCGGCACGGACGACAUGAGUCCUCGUGCUCCCUGUCAGGACCUCGAUACGAUUAAUCUCUAAGCUUUAGAUGCAGGUGCUGGAUCGGUAGCGGGUUCCACAACAAACACCAAAAAACUUUUUAUGAAUUUAAGUCAGCAAAAGUAGGGAUAAGUUUAAAGUUUUAGUCAGAAAUCAGUGGUAGAUUUUUAGUAAGGGUGUGAAUGAUUUAGUUAUUUGUGAAUGUGAGUCAGAUUAAUAGAAAAAGUAUUACUAUGAAUGUUUAUAGGUAUAAUCUCAGUUUUUUCCCAUUGAAAAUAGUUUCUUUGUGUAAAUGUUUAAUUUUGUCAGUUAUUUAUUUUUUACAGGUAUUCAAAAAACCAUCAUCCAAAGACAUUAUUUAUCCCUUAUAGUUUGCAUGAAUAACUUUUACAUAAACCCAAUAUAACGUUGCCUACAAUUCCCAAUUAAGUGUCCCUUAACAAUCAAGUCCUUUCCUUUCCUGUGACAAUCUAAAAAUGUUUUACCCUUACUCCCAAUAGCCUCAAGGAAGCACAAAAAUCUCCUAUUUCACGUAUUUAUAUCAUCGUUGACUGCAUUUAUGAGAGUGACCCCCAUAAUGAUUGAAUGAAAUUUAGGGCUUUAAGAUGUAGUGUAAUGUUAGGUUUUAACUAUCUUUGGGAAACUGAAAGUGUACUUAAUUGCUUAAAGAUGUGCUGUGUGCUUAGCCAAUAUAUAAUAUAUAGGCGGUGUUAGCCACCGCCCAGAGUAGCUUAUUUACCUUUAGCUGAAACCAAUCUCGUCUCAAAGUCCAAUGCGUUAUUCUAUAUACUCCCCCAAGAAAGACACAACCACACAUAGAAAAGUCCACACGUCUGUGUUCCUAAUUAGAGUUAUAGAAACAAAGCCUGCAAAUGCCUUAGAGAGUCCCUAGGGUUAAGUCCUUUUAGCAGUAUCGGGUUUUCUAGUUAGGACUCCCAAAACAUUUUGGUUGUUACACAUGGGCAUUCGAAUAAGCGGGCUGUGGGUUUGAACAGCAACAAAGGUCUAAAGUGAUUUAUUAUUAGCGUGCAGUGUUUAAGAAAAGUACUUAAACGUGGCUUUUUAUAUAAAAAACGGGAAAUACUUCUAAAUAGAUAAACCAGAAUGAUUCGGAUACAUAUUUUUGCAUGACAAGAAAUCUAAGUUUUGCAAAUUGUUGGAAUUAAUCUUAAGUUUAAUGUGCAAAUUGUUGCUAUACAAGACGAGAAAGAAUACUAAUAAACCAAAUAAAGAGAA